AAAGAUGUCUCUUGCGUCUCUGUGUAUUUCUCCACUAUGAGUACACAUAUAUGCUUAUGCAUUAAAAGAUUAAAUUUAAACAAAAUAAGAAGCUGGUGAAGUUACCGAUAAAGCUUGUAAUUCGAUCGUCAAUGAUUUUAUUCUGUGGUGUCGUUAUGAUUCAGCUGUUUGCUGCUCAAAUUGAUGCUGAAAGAUCUACAAGUCGAUGGCAGACGCUCAGUGGUGAUGCUCCACGUGUGAUUGCUCGUGGUGGGUUUUCUGGAUUGUUACCAGAUUCGAGUAUUGAUGCUUACAAUCUUGCAAUCCAGACAAGUGUAGCCGAUGUUGUUCUAUGGUGUGAUGUUCAGCUAACCAAAGAUGGAUUUGGGAUUUGCUUCCCCGAUUUAAACCUGGCCAAUGCUUCAACUGUUCAAUUUGUUUACCCAAAUGGUCAAAAAUCUUACCCGAUUAAUGGAGUCACUACUCAGGGUUGGUUCACCAUUGAUUCCACAUUGAAAGAUCUCAAAAAUGUAACAUUGUCCCGAGGAAUAUUGUCGAUGUAAAGAAAUGCUUGAUUCCA